GAUACUUUGGUUAUAAAUGAAGUUAAAAUAUAUCUGACUUAUUAUGGAAGCUGUAUGGAGGAGCUUCAAGUUCAGAUAUAUUCUUAUUUGUAUCUUUGUUACCUUCAUCAUGUCCUGUUUAAUAAGUAUUGUUCCCAUUAAUAUUGAUGAAUGUAAAUGUGAAAAUGAUAUUUUGAUGAAGCAAUACAAUGCUCAUAAACAAAAUACCAAAUUGCAUAAAAAGUCUGAAAGAUCCAAGUACAAGUUAGCUAUUCUUGUACCAUUUAGAGAUCGUUUUGAUGAAUUAUUAACAUUUGCAAUACACAUGCAAGAGUUUUUAGAUAAGCAGAAUAUAAACUAUCAUAUAUUUAUAUUAAAUCAGUUCGACAGAUACAGAUUUAAUCGAGCUUCCCUCAUUAAUGUUGGUUUUCUUGAAACUAGUAAAGAUUUCCAUUAUAUAGCCAUGCAUGAUGUUGAUUUACUGCCAUUAAAUGACGAAUUAUUAUAUAUAUAUCCUAGUAAAGGUCCUUAUCAUAUAUCAUCUCCAGAUUUGCAUCCUAGGUAUCAUUAUUCCACAUUUGUUGGUGGUAUAUUACUUAUUAAAAGAGAGCAUUACAUGCAAGUUAAUGGUAUGUCAAAUAAGUAUUGGGGUUGGGGUCUUGAGGAUGAUGAAUUUUAUGUCAGAUUAAAGGAAGCUGGCUUAAGUAUUACUCGGCCUCAAAAUAUAUCUACAGGAACGCAUAAUACAUUUAAACAUAUUCAUGAUAGAAAUCAUAGAAAGCGUGAUAUGAUGAAGUGUUACAAUCAGCGGGAAGUUACUAGAAAACGAGAUAGAGAAACUGGUUUAAGUAAUAUCUCAUAUAAAAUAAUAAAUAGAAUUAAAAUGACAAUUGCGAACACAUCAUUGACUGUACUCAAUAUCUCCUUGAUGUGUGACAAGUCUAAUACACCUUGGUGUGAAUGUGAUAAAACUAGUGUUUCGAAAGAUACAAAACCAAAAGAGAAAAAAAAGAUAAUUAAUAAUAAUAUUAACAACGAUAAUAAUAAUAAUAAUAAUAAUAAUAAUAAUAAUAAUAAUAAUAAAAACAAAGGUAAAUCAGAUACAGCAUUGUAACUAUAUUAUUAUUGUACUAAAAAGAAAUUACAAAACCCAUUACAAUUA